AGUUUACUCGCAUGGCAACAAAAGAAAAGUUAAAGUGAAACACGUGGAAGGCGGGUCCCAUCGCAGCUAACGUGGUGUGUAAAUCCCGCAAAAAGGUCAAAGGUUGACUGACUAUGUGGCUUCUCUUUCCCGAAUUAUCCAGCCAGCUUACAUGAUUUCACCUGCACCGAGGACACCACUCUGCUCCAAUCUCAAUAAACCCCAUUACCCGAUACAAUUACCAUCCAAUACUCAUUAUACACCCACUUUGAUUUCUUCAAGCUAUUGGCAUUCGAUCUUGUUACGAUCAUACUAAAAACCUAUCGCAAUUCCUCACAUACCAUUAAUUAAUCUCCGAUGUCUCUGCUUCAAGUUUCGAAUUACGGUGUUUUCUGCCAAUCUCCGUGUCUGAGAAGCUUCUCAUCGAGUCACACUUCAAUGUGCUCUUCGUUUUGGGGGAAAAAGUUUUGUUUGAUCAAUGGAGUUGGAAUUUCGGAGAAGACGCAAAGAGUAGGUUCAGGAGGAAGAGGAUUUAGGGUUUUUGCGAUGUCUGCAUCGACGAAUUCCAGAUUUAAGAUGAAUUUGAAUGAGUAUAUGGUCACUUUAGAGAAACCGCUUGGAAUUCGUUUCGCUCUGUCCUUGGACGGCAAGAUCUUAGUUCAUUCCAUGAAGAAAGGGGGGAAUGCUGAGAAAUCGAGAAUAAUUAUGGUGGGUGACACUCUGAAGAAGGCAAGCGCAUCUCCUGGUGGCAAUCUUAUUGAGAUUAAGGACUUCAGCGAUGCAGAGAAGAUGAUGUUAGAGAAAUCCGGACUUUGUAGUCUUGUUCUGGAAAGACCUUUCUCCCCUUUCCCAAUUCAACAUCUGCAUCACAAAAGCGAUCUAGAUGUCCAAUUUAACAGAGGUCGUGUUCCUAUUGCCACUUGGAACAAAUCGAUACUCACAUCGAGUUUAAGAACAUCUUUCGAGGGCAACGGGAAUUCAGGGUUUAUCAUGUUCACCCCAAGAUUUUCCACACCAAAAGGAUGGAAUCUUUUAAUCAACCAAAACGGACAACCACGUGCAAGAACACGCAAAAACAUUCCCGAUGAACCAUUUACUCAACUAGUCACCAUUUUCUCUGAAGAAGGAUCUGGAGAUGACUGGUCACAUGGUGGCUUCCCACUUGAGGAAUAUAUCAAAGCAUUAGAUCGUUCUAAAGGAGAACUUUACUAUGAUCAUUCUCUUGGUAUGCGUUAUAGCAAGAUUACAGAUCAAAUGUACGUGGGGUCAUGCAUACAAACAGAAUCUGAUAUAGAGACUUUAGCUAAUGUCUCCGGAGUCACUGCUGUACUAAACUUUCAAGGUGGAGUUGAAGCAGACAAUUGGGAAAUCAAUUCAAAAGCAAUCAACGAAUCAUGUCAACAGUAUAAUAUCCUCAUGAUCAACUAUCCAAUAAGGGAAGGAGACUCGUUUGAUAUGAGGAGCAAACUUCCGUUUUGUGUGGGGCUUCUUUUACGGUUGCUGAAAAAGAACCAUUGUGUUUAUGUGACUUGCACUAAUGGGUUUGACCGGUCUCCUGCUUGUGUGAUUGCAUAUCUUCAUUGGAUGACUGAUACUUCACUUCAUGCAGCUUACAAUUAUGUAUCUGGAUUGCACACGUGUCGCCCUGAUAGAGCAGCAAUUGCAUGGGCAACAUGGGAUUUGAUAGCUAUGGUGGAAAAUGGGAAACAUGAGGGACCCGCUACCCAUUCUGUCACAUUUGUGUGGAAUGGACAUGAGGGAGAGAAUGUGGAAUUAAUUGGAGAUUUUACUGGGAAUUGGAAAGAACCAGUUAAAGCAGUCCAUAAAGGUGGGCCCCGAUAUGAAGCUGAAGUUCGACUUGCACAAGGGAAGUAUUAUUACAAGUUUAUAGUGAAUGGGGAUUGGAGGCAUUCAACAACUUCACCUACAGAAAGGGAUGAUAGAGGGAAUGUUAAUAAUAUACUUGAGGUUGGUGACGUGGCAAGUGUCCGGCCUUCUAUUCAACAUCCAAAGAAGGAUGCAAAUAUUGUGAAAGUGAUUGAGAGGGCAUUGACAGAAAAUGAGCGGUUUAUGUUAGCAAAAGCCGCUCGAUGUAUUGCAUUCUCUGUGUGUCCUAUAAGGCUGGCUCCCAAAUAGUUGCAUAUCAAUCAUACCAUACAUACAAUGGCUUUGGAACAACCAUUGAUUGCCAUCUAACAGAUUUUGCUUCUGGAGUCGCUACAAGUAUGACACUAAUGAAGAAUACUUUUUGAAGCUUAAGAAGUUUCAAGAUAAUGGGAUCCAUGGCAUCUGGCUUUGGUUCAAGCAUAACAGGAAUCUUCUCCACAUGAUCACCACGCAACACCUCAACAGUCACCUGAAACCAUCCACAAACAACUUCCAAUUACAUCUUUAACAAACUAAAAGACCUUACAAAGUUCACCAUGAACUUACCUUCUCACCCACUUUGCAUUGGUCAAGAAUUCUGUAUAAAUCACUCCCAUUAGCAACCUUUUUCCCAUUUACCGAUGUUAUUAUAUCACCCAAUACAAGUCUCCCAUACGCAUCACGUUUUGUUGAUACAAUACCCUGCACAAACUCAAAUUCAGAUUAUUAAGUUUUGGAAGCAAAAGUGAAAGUGAGAUGAUUAAUAAGAAGACAACCACAAAAUUACCGCUUUUCCAGCUGGGCCAUUUGGAGGAGCAUCUAACACAAGCACUCCACUUACUCCUAGCUGUUCCACUGAUUGCUCAGGUGCAAACUUUAUCCCUAAAAUUGGUCGUGUAACUUUCCCAAAUUGCACCAACUGGUCAACAAUUCCACCUACUGUGUCAACCGGAAUGGAAAACCCAACACCAGAAGAUGCACCAGAUGGAGAGUAUAUGGCUGUGUUUAUACCAAUAAGGCUGCCUGAGCUAUCAAGAAGUGGCCCUCCACUGUUUCCAGGGUUGAUUGCAGCAUCUGUCUGAAUUACAUCUUGGAUUGGGCGCCCAGUUGCUGCAGAGCUUAUUUCUCUCCUUAGCCCACUGUCAAUGUAUAAGGAUCAAAUUCCAAACAUGUUUCUUUAAAAAGUACGUCUUUUGAACUAAUUUCAUACCUGAUGACACCAGUUGUAAGCGUGUGAUCAAGCCCAAACUGCAGUUGGAUAAGAUGUUAUGGAGAUAUUAGCAGAAAACACACAGCAUACACAUACAUUCAUAUAUGAUAUAUAUAUAUGUAUCUACACUCACAGGGUUUCCAAUAGCAAAAACUUUUUGCCCAACAAGCAAGUCGGCUGACACGCCAACUGGGAUUGGUCUCAAUUUGUCUUUUGGUGCAUCGAUAAACAAUACAGCAACAUCUUUAUCUUGGUCAAAACCAACAACUUUUGCAUCAUAAGUGGUUUGAUCAGCGAGAGUUACUCUGAAAAAACAUACAUCAGUUCAAUCUUAGCAGAUAAAAGUUAUGGAUUCAUAGACAUUUCUAACACAACUUAAUAGGGAGGAUAAUCAAUCAGUUCGUAGUUCAACACAAUGGAAUUACGAAAAGCAACAAACCUGAGAUCGGAUGCACCGCGUAUAACAUGAUAAUUUGUGACAACGUGACCGUUUUUAUCCCAAACAAAUCCUGAUCCAGAUCCUUGAGGCACCUCCAUCACAUCCAGAGUAAACGCAUCCUGCCUAAACCACAUAAUAUCAAUCUCAGUUGAUUCCACGAAAUCAACAAGCCAAAUAAAAAAUUGUGCUCAAUACUUCGAUUAUAUCACUCUGCAUCAAAUCCAGCAAAUACAAUGAAGGACACAAAGCAAGUAUCCAUCGAAAUCGGAACAAGUAAGCUAAAUACCUGGAAGCUAAAUUGGUAAUGUAGACAACAGAAGGAGUAUUCUCCUGGAAAAGACGAACAGUGGCGAGCUCAUCCGUCUGCAACUUCCUAGGCGUAGCAACAACGAAAGCGGCAGCUGAGUCCACAUCGGUGACGAAAACAGAGGCGGAAAGAGCUACGGAAGUGCAAAUCACGAAGCACGAGUUCAGAAAUUUGUCCAAGGAGGAUCUGUGGGUAGAUUCCGGCGUCGGAGAGUAGGUGGGGUGAGAAGGUUCGCGAAGAGAAGAAGCGACGAUGCAGGAGGUAUGCCUAUAGCUAUUGGGUGUGCGAAGAGAGAGGGUUCUAGAAAGAGAAGGAAUGGUGGAGUUAUGGGAAGGAAGAGAAGAGAAGGCGCAUGUGGAAAGAAGUGAAUAGGCAGCCAUUGCUGCUCCGUGUGCUUAGACAGUCAGUCAGUCACCGGUCACCGCUUUCUCGUUUUCUGUUGGAUCAUUUUAUUUUAGUAUUUCUUUUCCACAUGGC